AGGGAGGCAGCCGAAGGGCCAGUCAUCUCCUCACAUCGUUUCUGCAUCUACCACAAUCCCCUUUAUCCGUCCUGUAUGGUGGAUAUUAUUUUCAGCUCUUCUUUCUUGGAUGAUAUGGGGGAUCAUUCCAAAAAGAAGCCAGGAUUCGCGAUGUGUGUAGGAUGUGGAAGUCAGAUCCAUGACCAGUACAUACUGAGAGUCUCUCCCGACCUGGAGUGGCAUGCAGCCUGCCUGAAGUGUGCAGAGUGCAGCCAGUACCUGGAUGAGACCUGCACUUGUUUCGUCCGUGACGGCAAAACCUAUUGCAAAAGAGAUUAUGUAAGGCUGUUUGGAAUAAAAUGCGCAAAAUGCAACCUGGGAUUCAGCAGCAGCGAUUUGGUGAUGAGGGCCCGGGAUAACGUUUACCACAUCGAGUGUUUUCGGUGUUCGGUGUGCAGCAGGCAGCUGCUGCCGGGAGACGAGUUCUCCCUGCGGGAAGAGGAGCUGCUGUGCCGGGCGGACCACAGCCUGCUGCUGGAGAGGAGCUCCGCAGGAAGCCCCAUCAGCCCCGGACACAUCCACUCCAACAGACCGCUGCACCUGGCAGCAGACCCGGUCACGGUGCGGCAGGCCCCGCAUCGGAACCACGUCCACAAGCAGUCGGAGAAGACGACGCGGGUCAGGACGGUGCUGAACGAGAAGCAGCUCCACACGUUGCGGACCUGCUACAACGCCAACCCGAGGCCGGACGCGCUGAUGAAGGAGCAGCUGGUGGAGAUGACCGGCCUGAGCCCCAGGGUGAUCCGGGUCUGGUUCCAGAACAAGCGCUGCAAAGACAAGAAGAAGUCCAUCCUGAUGAAGCAGCUCCAGCAGCAGCACCACAGUGAUAAGACUGUAAGCAUCUUCAAUCUGCAGGGCCUCACAGGGACGCCUCUUGUAGCCGGGAGUCCUAUCCGACAUGAGAGUGCUGUGCAGGGAAACCCAGUGGAGGUUCAGACCUACCAGCCUCCAUGGAAAGCCCUGAGUGUCUUUCUCUGAAUCGGGCUCUCUCGGAAACUCCUCCGGCAGCGACGUGACUUCUUUGUCUUCUCAGUUACCGGACACCCCCAACAGUAUGGUACCCAGCCCGGUGGAGACGUGAAACGGGGCCCCUCAGACCUGUCGGUCCCCACUCCUGCAAGGACAAUUGCAGCAUGAUCCCGGUCCCCUGCAUGUGACCAGCUCAUCACAUCGCCCAAACUACAGAGGAGAGUGUUUUUUUUUUAUUUCAUGACACGGAGGAGAUGGAACCAAGAAAGCACCGAUUGACUCCGAGAUUUUUUUGUGGAGCUUUCAUUGACAAAAACUAAGCAGAACAAUUGUUGCAUGACUUGAUACGGAGAAAGAAGAUGUACAGAAGACCUCCCGAUGGAUAUACUACAGCAAACCUCCCCUCAAAAACCAAUUGGAAACAUUCCCAUGUCGAAACAAAUGGACAUUCUGCGAUUUCAUUGUGAUCAUAUUGUGUCUUGUUUCUUCAACAUGAGAAUUUUUUGAUACAUUUAUUGCGUUGUCGAGUCCCGUUGACUCUUUGUCUUAAGGUCAGAGCAUGAUAAACUGCAAAUUAUUCGUGUUGUAAAAUAUUUUAUCUUAAGGGCAGGUUGUUUGAGCUUCUCGAACAAAAAGUAAAUUAUUGUUAUAUUAUUUAUUGUUAGGAAAGCGAUUCGUAAAGGGAUUAUUAACUGAUAAAGAAUUAAAAAAAAAAAAAGCUGAAUACACAACGUGUCCUGAUGACCAAUCUUUGUACUUUGUCGCUUUUGGAUUUGCAAUCCAAUAUUUAUAAUAAUUUAAUUUGUUUGAAAAUGCAGCUCUGGAGAUAACAACAACUGUCCAUCUUGCAUUGCAAAAAUAAGACGAGAAACGAACUGACUGCACAUUUUAUUUGCCAGUGAUCUUAAUAUGGCGACAAAGUCAAAUUCACUGCCCAGAUCCAAAGCGGCAACAGAUCAUUCCUCCUCAUGACAGCGAGUCAUUUCUGAUUUGGGAAACAUGCAACAAAUACAAAGCUUCUAUACAGCCUUGGCCGUUUUGAGGAAUAUAUAAGCUUGAAAAAAAAAAAAAGUAAUUCCAGUUGCACUAAAUAUGUUGUUUGUCCUGUUCAACCUACGUAUAUCAAGUUGGCCUGCCUGGAUUGAAGCCCGGAGGCUCUGUUGUCUUAUCAUCCCCCUCCAUCUUAUGUGUCCCCCUUCGGUUAUGGAGCAGCAUUCGGCCAGUGGUCAUUUACUAUCUCGGGGGCAAAAACCUGCUGUAAAUUGUGCUCAGUCCAGUUACUCUGGUUGAGUCACAAGCUGGUCUAGACAGCGCGGAGGGAUCGGCGACCUCUUAUCUAGUCCUGGCAUCACCUGCAAGCGAUACACUGACUGAAGCCACAACAAACUAACUAAACACCCCCCUCCAUGGACACACACACACACACACACACACACACACACACACACACACACACACACACACACACACACACACACACACACACACACACACACACACACACACACACACACACACCCUCCCCAAAGCCCCUCUCGAAUGUGAGGGGAGCAGAGAGCAGCUCGUAAAGGGUCACUUCUCCUCCUCGGUUUAUAUAUUUUCCUUCAGUGAAUUGCGUUAUUGCGCACGGGUCAGCCGAGAUGACAGCUCAGGCUAAAUGAACCGACCUGCUUUACACUGUGCGCAGGACAAAAACAAAGCUGCCAUGUGUGCUCUGAAAAUCUGUGGCUAAACUUUUUAGCCUACAUACGUUUUUUUUAUUUUUUAUUUUUUUUAAGUGAGCACAGGGGUAUAUUCUAUUAUACUUCACGUUAUUUAUUUAUUCAACCUGCUUUGAAAUUAUUCAUCAUGCCAGGAGUGACUUUUAUUUGUCUUCGAUGCAGUUUUGUUAGACAAGGGAAAACAUGUCAUUAAUGGCAAGAAAAUAAGUCUUUAUAGCCUAUUUAAUUCUAAAAAAAGGAAAUAAUUGGAAACGCUGACAACUUGACUCAAUAAUACACCAAAUAAGUGCUUGUAUUUUGAUAUUAAAUGUUUUUCGCUGUGAAAAAAAAAAUCGUUUUUUAGUACAGUGACAGUGUCUUAAUCGGAAGUUUGACUGAAAGAAGACAGAUCAUAGAUUUGUAAUUGAGCUAUUUCAAAUAAGAUAAGUUAACAAUGCGAGCAGAUUAAGAUAACAGAGAUAAGUGAAGAAUAACAAUGGCGUUUACAGACAAGAAUGCAAGCCUAUUAUCUGUCCUCCAGCAGAAAAUCAUUGUGGGGCCAUAUAUGUUUCCCAAACAGCUAAUUUCCAGGAUACUGCGCAUCCCCUAAAGGCUCACUCGAGAUAGGCCACAUUUAAAUGAAAGAUCAAAUUAAAAUGAACUAACAUGCCAUUCUAAUUGUAUGGAGAAAAAAAAAAAGAUAAUCCCAACUGGUUUUAACCAAUCCGUUUUGUGCAACAAACAUGUGAGAGUUUUUUUUUAAAUAAAAUACAUGUUUUUAAAGCUUUUAUUUAGAGAUCAAAUCUAGCAGGGAGUAACAACACCAACAUAACAUAUAAGGAAAUAAUAAAAAAAAAAAAUUGGAAAAGAAUUAACAGGAAACGCUAUUAAAAUGUCAAAAAAUGCUACUGAAAAAUAAUUUAAAUGCACAAUUACAGUCACCAAAACAGCACGCGACACAUAAAUAAAUUGUAAUGUAAAUUAAAGAAAUUGUAAAUUGUAGCCCAAGCUGAAGUUUAUUCUCCAUUUUAUGUUUUCGUUUUCAGCUCGUAUUAGUCAGUGUUGCUCAUACAGACCAGAGAUCAUGUCCUCUGACACCCAUAAAACUCCUCGCCUCAGUACCUGCAGGCCAGAAGAUCUUCUAUCUAUGAAUGGGCGUUUCCCCUCCGUGCGUUAAACAAGAACCAAAAUAAACACCGGUGAUCCCUGAACACAUGCACACAGCUCCAGUAUCUACACCAUUCACUGGAUUACUCUCUCAAUGGGCCUAAUAGACUUGGUUUUAACGGAUCACGCUGGUCCUUAGUGCGCCAUUGACUUGCACGAAGAUACCCUAUUUUGAUUUUCUAAUUUAUUUCUCACGUUUUUGACGAAACACUGCGACAAUGUAGCUCCCCCCAACACACACAUCAUUUAGGAUGAAGUCCGGACUGUGUCUGCAUGUGUCAAGUUGCUUCGAAGCAACUUAGACGCUGUCAGAGGGAAUGACACCGUAUCAUUAAUGAUUAAGAGGACGAGUCCAUUUAAAGGUGUGAUGUAAUUCUCUAAUUGGUGGAGGGGUGAACGUAAUUAGAUCAUCACAGCGUGCUCAGCGCCGCCCACGACCACGAGUCACUAAACGGUCACCGACUGACAGACACAUGGAUCAUUCAGAUGUUCUUUAAUCCGUGUAGACGAGUUUGUUUUGUUAGUGUGUGUGUCUGUGUGUGUGUGUAGGGAAAACAUACAAAUAAAACUCUAAGAAUAGACAUUGGUACAUUUCAGCUGCUUUUCACACUUUCUUUUCUUUCCAAAAACACCAUAAUUUGAUUGCAUAUAUAACAGGUAAUUGCAUAGCCAUAUAUCCAUUAAUUUUCAAGGUUUUUAACCAACCAGCCAUAAUUGUAUUUAGAGCUUCAUUUAGCAGCAAAACAAUUUCAUAUUAUUUCAUUAAAAUGUUAUAUUUUGACCAUUUUAGGCAUUACUUUCCAUGCCUGAACCAGGCUUUCAACAACUCUAAUCCAUUUAGGAAAAAGGCAAUAGGACAUUGGCAAUGGAACUGUGGGCAUAUAUUACUCUCUGUUGCCAGUUUAUUAGGUACACCUAGCUAAAAGUAAUAUAACAGUCCUGCAAUUAAUCAUCCUAUUCAUAAAGGUUAUCAUGUUCAGGUUUUGUUGAAACUGUUUUAGAGAGAUGCUAAUUCAACUUUUUGGCCACUGCACUGACAAGUGUAAUAUUUUGUCCACCCCAUUUUUUAUCAAUGAGGUUAGACUAGAUAUUAUAAAACACUUGUCAGUAACUCAGUAGACUGUAAAGGCAGUCUCCAGAGGUCUGACACCAAACUGACAGUUUAACAUUUUUACCAUGGUUCAAGUAAUGAAUUGUCGAAUAGAUAAUUGAAAAGUCAAUUACCACAAUUCAAUUUAGCAAUCGAGCUGAAAGAAAAAAAAAAGAAAAAAAUAAACAAAACCCUCUCCAUCAGCUUGUUAUGACAACUUGCCAUUCACCUAUUUGCAUAUUGAAUCUUAAAGUACAAUAAAUAUCACUGGAGACAUCUUUGUUCUACAUACUGUGAAACGGUAAGAGCUAUUUUUUUAAUCUAUUUUUGAAUAGAUUAUUAUUAUUAUUAUUAUUAUUGUUGUUGUUGCUCCUUGCCAUUUAUUUAAAAAUUUCAAGGUAGCAGCACACAAAAAUCUGAUGGUCCAUCCAUAUGCCCAUAGAACUGAUUGCAAAUAAACAUUUUUAUAUUUGAACCUUUAGAAAUUGGGCAUUUUAGUUCCACCAACAGGAAGGUUAGUCCCAUAUUGUUGUGUGCAAAAGCAAAGGUGUUGUGCAUUUGAAUUCAAAUUAAUUUGAAAUUAUACAAAACAAUAAACAAGAGCAAUAUGUUUUUAUUGA